ACUCGCACACUGUACACAUUUUUUAUUGUUAUAUAUUUUUGCCGCCAAAUAGCUCGCCUGAAUUAACACGGGCUAAUCUCCCGGCGAUCAGAACUCUACAUUCACCGUCUCCGGUCACUAUGGAAUCCGAAGCCACCGAACAACUACCACAUCCUAUGGAAACAGAUCCACCUCCACCACAAGAACCACCGCGAAUUCACCGCCUAGACGAGUCCGUCGUCAACCGAAUCGCCGCCGGUGAAGUCAUCCAACGCCCUGUCUCCGCCGUCAAAGAGCUCGUCGAAAACAGCCUCGAUGCCGGUUCAACUUCCAUAACUAUUUCCGUUAAAGACGGAGGCCUUAAAUUCAUCCAAGUCUCCGAUGACGGCCACGGCAUUCGCUAUGAGGAUUUGGCGAUAUUAUGCGAGAGGCAUACGACGUCGAAGCUAUCGGCAUUUGAAGAUCUGCAGUCGAUAAAAUCGAUGGGAUUUAGAGGAGAAGCGUUAGCAAGCAUGACUUAUGUGGCUCAUGUUACUGUUACUACUAUUACUAGUGGUCAAUUACAUGGUUAUAAGGUAACGUACAAAGACGGUGUGAUGGAACAUGAACCUAAGGCUUGUGCUGCUGUGAAAGGCACUCAAAUUGUGAUUGAGAAUUUGUUCUAUAACAUGAUUGCACGACAAAAAACUCUUAAAAACUCUGCUGAUGAUUAUCCAAAGAUUGUUGACCUGCUAAGUCGGUUUGCUAUUCAUCACAAAAAUGUGAGCUUUUCCUGCAGAAAGCAUGGCUCAACUACGGCUGAUGUUCAUACAGUUGCUAUGUCUUCAAGGCUUGACUCAAUCAGAUCUGUUUAUGGGGUCUCAGUUGCUCGCAAUCUUAUACAAAUAGCGGCUUCAGAUGCUAAUCCAUCUAGUUCGGUUUUUGAAAUGGAUGGGUUUAUUUCUGACUCUAAUUACUCUGCAAAGAAGACUACAAUGGUUCUUUUUAUCAAUGAACGAUUAGUUGAAUGUACUGCCCUGAAAAGGGCAAUUGAGAUCGUCUAUGCUGCAACUUUGCCCAAAGCAUCAAAGCCUUUUAUAUACAUGUCGAUUACCUUGCCUCCUGAGCAUGUUGAUGUUAAUGUGCAUCCUACAAAGAGAGAGGUGAGCCUUUUGAACCAGGAGGUUAUAAUUGAGAAGAUACAAUCAACGAUAGAAUUGAAGCUAAGAAGCUUCAAUGAGUCUGGCACUUAUCAAGAACAGCAAGCUGUGGAUAGCUCUCCAGUCAGUACAGGAGCUGCAAACAAAGUUUCUCCUAUAAAUGCAUCAACCUCUGGGUCUCAAAAGGUAUAUGCACAUAAGAUGGUGCGGACCGACUUUCAGGACCCUUCUGGGAGGUUGCAUGCCUACAUGCAAGUAAAGUCUUCCAGGCACCUCGAAAGCAAAUGUGACCUGAAUUCUUUGAGAUCUUCCAUCAGACAGAGGAGGAACCCAAAGGAGACUUCUGAUCUUACGAGCGUGCAGGAGCUUGUUAAUGAGUUUGAACGUGGUUGUCAUUCUGGUCUUUUGGACAUUGUAAGGAAUUGCACGUAUGUUGGAAUGGCUGAUGAUGUUUUUGCUCUUCUUCAGUAUAAUACCCAUCUAUAUCUUGCAAAUGUUGUAAAUUUGAGCAAAGAGCUCAUGUAUCAACUAGUUCUGCAACGAUUUGGUUACUUCAAUGGAAUACAAUUAAGUGAUCCCGUUCCAUUGCAAGAACUGAUUACUAUGGCAUUGAGGGAAGAAGAUCUCGAUUCAGAAGAAAAUGAAAAUGAUGAUUUAAAAAGAAAGAUUGCUGAAAUGAAUGCGAAGCUACUCACCCAGAAGUCUGAAAUGCUUCAUGAAUAUUUUGGCAUUUAUGUGGAUCCACAGGGCAAUUUGUCAAGGCUUCCCGUCAUACUUGACCAGCACACACCUGACAUGGACCGUCUUCCAGAAUUUGUUCUGUGUCUGGGAAAUGAUGUCCUUUGGGAUGAUGAGAAAAUUUGCUUCCAAACGAUAGCUGCUGCUCUUGGUAACUUUUAUGCUAUGCAUCCGCCCUUCCUACCAAAUCCAUCAGGUGAUAAUACAGAAAUUUAUAAGAGAGGCUCUUGCUCUAGUGCUGAAGGGGAUGCUAUUGGGGAGGAAGGAGUUGAUGAUGAGCUACUUUUAGAAGCUCAGAAUGCAUGGGCACAGCGAGAAUGGUCGAUACAACAUGUUUUAUUUCCCUCUAUGCGUCUCUUCUUCAAGCCUCCAACUUCAAUGGCUACAAAUGGAACAUUUGUGCAGGUGGCCUCUCUGGAGAAACUAUACAAGGUUUUUGAAAGAUGUUAGAGACACCCAGAUAUUUUUGGUAUGUCCUAAGUGAGGGUGUACUUGGCACUUUAGGACCCUGUAACUAUGAAUGUAUAUAAUUAAGGAUUCUUGCACAAGUAUAUUCCUAGGUAAACAAAUGUUGUGUUGCUUGACAUUACAUGUUUUCCUGAUAAUACAGACUUGCUUUUGCUCUUA